AUUACAUUAAAAAAACUGAAUACUGAUCAAUAUUAAGAACCUAAAAAGUAAAGAGGGAAUUUUUGACUUAUUAUUCGCAAAACUCAUAGUAUUGAUAUGAGUGACACCCAAACAAAAAAAUGAUGUAAUCAAGUGCGCCAAAAGGAAAGAAAGAAAACAAUCCGACUUAAAGAAGACAAACAACGAACAACAACUGUAGAACUAAUUUAAUACAACUUUUUUGGCUUUAAGAGCAAGCAAAAUGCGAUUCAAAACCCCUAAAAAUUACCAAACAUAUUUUCUAUUCAUCACACAUAUAGACACAAAACAGCAAACGAGAGAGGUCGUAGUGAGAGCUUAAUCAAGAGCAACAAUGGCAGAUGAGGUGAUUCUUCUGGAUUUCUGGGCGAGUAUGUUUGGGAUGAGGACAAGAAUUGCUCUGGCGGAGAAAAGAGUUAAGUACGAUCACAGAGAAGAAGAUCUAUGGAAUAAGAGCUCCUUGCUCCUCGAGAUGAACCCGGUUCAUAAGAAAAUUCCGGUUCUCAUCCACAAUGGUAAACCGGUAUGUGAAUCUCUCAUUCAGAUCGAGUACAUAGACGAGACUUGGCCCGACAAUAACCCUCUCCUUCCCUCCGAUCCUUACAAGAGAGCUCAUGCCAAAUUCUGGGCCGACUUCAUCGACAAAAAGGUGAAUGUUACGGCGAGAAGGAUUUGGGCGGUCAAAGGUGAGGAGCAAGAAGCAGCCAAGGAGUUAAUCGAAAUACUCAAGACGCUAGAGUCUGAGCUUGGAGACAAAAAGUACUUUGGAGACGAAACUUUUGGGUAUGUAGAUAUAGCUCUCAUUGGAUUCCAUAGCUGGUUUGCAGUGUACGAGAAGUUUGGAAAUGUCAGUAUCGAAUCUGAGUGUUCGAAAUUGGUUGCGUGGGCCAAAAGGUGUUUGGAGAGAGAGAGCGUCGCUAAAGCCCUGCCUGAGUCAGAGAAGGUCAUUACAUUCAUUUCCGAACGUAGGAAGAAACUUGGGUUGGAGUAAAUCUCUACUUUGUUAUGUUGAUCUGUUGUUGCUUUGUUCUAUUUUCUUUGAGGUCUAUGUAAUGCAUAAUAAUACCAAUUUCAAUUUGUGAGAUUAUAUUUCCCUUUAUGUAAACUCGAUUUCAAUAAAAGAAACUUUGUUGUGAUGUUCAUUCAAUGGAGAAUUGUUGGUACAUUAAUCUGGUUGCCAUAA